AUGCUGACCUUUUAUCUGCUAGCAGAAGCUCUCGAUUCCCGAAAAACCCCCGGUUAUACCAGCAAAGUCCGAGUGCGGGAUCGAUAUCAUGUUGUGGGAUUCAUCAGCAGUGGAACAUAUGGACGGGUGUACAAGGCCAUCGGUAAAAAUGGCAAGAAGGGGGAAUUUGCGAUCAAAAAGUUCAAACCAGACAAGGAGGGAGAAUCGAUUCAAUAUACAGGCCUGUCACAAUCCGCCAUCCGAGAAAUGUCUCUCUGUACCGAAUUAUCCCACGCAAAUGUCGUCCAAUUGGAGGAGAUUAUCCUCGAGGACAAAUGUAUCUUCAUGGUAUUCGAAUAUACCGAGCAUGACUUACUGCAGAUCAUUCACCACCACACCCAACCACAGCGACACGCCAUCCGAGCCAGCAUGGUCCGCUCUAUAUUGUUCCAACUGCUCAAUGGCUUAUUAUACUUACAUACCAACUGGGUCCUGCACCGAGAUCUUAAACCAGCCAAUAUCCUCGUCACUUCCAGCGGCGCUAUCCGCAUCGGCGAUCUAGGUCUGGCCCGACUAUUUUAUAAACCCCUCAACUCCCUUUUCUCCGGCGACAAGGUCGUCGUCACAAUAUGGUACCGAGCACCAGAGCUCCUCCUCGGAAGCCGACACUAUACACCAGCCGUCGACAUGUGGGCUGUGGGCUGCAUCUUCGCCGAGCUCCUCUCCCUGCGUCCGAUCUUCAAGGGCGAAGAAGCCAAAAUGGACAGCAAAAAGACGGUUCCCUUCCAGCGCAACCAAAUGAUGAAAAUCGUCGAGAUCCUUGGCCUUCCUCGCAAAGAAACCUGGCCGGGCCUCGUUUCCAUGCCUGAAUACUCUCAGCUGCAGUCUCUCGUGAUGCACCGACAACCCGCGCAUUUCCACCGCGGUCCAAACCUCGAGGGCUGGUAUCAAAGCUGCCUGAAGAAUGGCGGGUACUCUACUACGUCGAGUGUUGGUACACCCGGUGCAGACGGAUUUGAUUUGCUAUCAAGGAUGUUGGAGUAUGACCCUACAAAGCGUAUCACCGCUCAAGAGGCAUUGGAACAUCCUUAUUUCUCGAAUGGGGGUCCUAUUAGCGCGGAUUGCUUCGACGGUAUUGAGAGCAAGUACCCACAUCGCCGGGUGACCCAGGACGACAAUGACAUUCGCACUGGAAGUCUUCCCGGUACGAAGCGCAGUGGCUUGCCAGAUGAUUCAUUGAUGAGGGCAUCGAAACGUCUCAAGGAAUGA